AAAACGUUGCCACUCAAGGUUCCUAUUAAAUCUUUCUCCUCUCACCUAAACCCACGUCCUCUGGUUACAUUGGAGCCUAGUUCAGCAACUUGAACGGCCAGUAAUGAAGACUGCAGAGAAUGGUAGGCACUGCCUGGUUUGUCCCAGGUUCUGAUCUCCCCACUAUCAAAGUGAUAUAGGAAUCACUGCCUCAAAUGUUGCACCAAACAUGGACACAAAAUGCUGGAGUAACUCAGCGGGUCUGACAGCAUCUCUGGAGAGAAGGAAUUGGUUAGGUUUCGAGUCGAGACCCUUCUUCAGAGUCUGAGGAGAGGAAGACUAAUCUAAAGGAGAGGAGAGAUGGAGGAGAGGGAGAAAGAAAAAUCUUCCCAUAUUAUAGCAAAUGUAUAACAAUGGAACAAAUCAGAUUGUUGCAUCAUAAGAGUGUUGAAUGAAUGGAUGAAUAAGUGAAUGAAAGAAUACGUUUAUUGGCCAAGUAUUCACAUUCAAGGAAUUUGCUUUGGUUCUCCACCCUCAAGUGACAUGUCAUAGUGAGUUAGGAAUGACACAUAAAACAAUAAUAAAACAUUAACGAUUAUAAGCAUGCUUGGGUUUCUUCUGUACUGAGAUUCUAUACAAGCAAUAACUGUACUAUAAAGCAUAUAUUUUACGUGACUAAAGCCAUGGAGGGAGAAGGAGGUGUGAAAACGACAGAUCAAAGCAGAUGGUGAUCAAGGAAAUAUAGAAUGGUCUGAAGAAGGGUCUCAUCCUGAAACUUUUCUCCAGAGAUGUUGUCUGACCCACUGAGUUACUCCCGCUUUUUAUGUCUAUCUUUGGUUUAAACCAGCAUCUUGUUCCUUCAUAUACAGUACAUAGAAUGGUUCAUUGUCGCCUGAGGAGUUUGGAUUGGAGACUACAACUCCAACAAUGCCGUGCGAAACACUGCUUGCCAACGGUUCCAAGCAAAGAUCUUGCUCUGCUAUAAGAUCUCUGGUUCCAAGCUCCGUGCUGACAGGCCGGCCGCUUCAAACACCCGACUCGCUGUGGCUGUACUUCGUCUCCGCUUUAGCCAAGUGAAACCGUUCCCCUCCCCCCCCCUCCUCAAAAUAAACUUCAUUCAUGACAAGAAAUGUAAACAGAGCCGGAAGCGGUGCCGCCGGUUGGGAGAAGUUUAUUCUGCGGGGAGUGUUCACGUUGCUAGGGGUGUACCGGGGAGUAUUCACGUUGCUAGGGGGACGUUUGGGGCCGGCGUUUAUGUGAGGAGGCGGUUUGUGGCCCACCCGGCCUAACGCGCGGUGCCUGUGAUUGUGAUGUGAUAGUGAUAGUGGUACACACCUAAUACUGGUCCCGCCGGCCAGCUGGGCUUACGGUGGUGUCCUGGAGCACUCUUUGCUGGUGUGUGUACGGCAAGGUCUCACGAACGACGAAUUACCUGAUGCAUUAAUGCUAAUGCAGUACAAGAUUUUGAUUCAAGGCAAAACUCGUAUAUUUCCAAUCUGCUUGAGUAAAGAUUGUGCUUACACAAGCUUGGUUUUGAAAUUGACAAGAUAUGGAGAAAAUAUCCCAGAAACUGUCAUUGGCGGUCGAGGGAUCAAAAAAGAAAAAAGGUUUUCGAGAGUCGAUUGAUGAUGUACUGGAUGACCUGCUCGGAGAUGAUGCCAAAUCUCCCAAAAUAUCUGCUUUCCCAACAACACAAUCAGGAAAUGCCAUCAGGAAAUCAGCAACCGCAGCGCCCAGAGCCAGCAAAAAAUCAUUGCUGGAUGAUGACUUUUUUAAUAAAUUGGCACAGGAGGCUGGCAAGGACAAUGAUGAGUCUGAGAUUUCUGAGGUUGAUCACCAGGCUCUGUUAGAAACAAUGGAGAAUAUUGAUGACAUGGAUGCUGACCUUUUUGGGAAAAAAAAGAACCCACGUUCUGUUCCAAAUCAACUUGAUGAAAAUCCUGUUGAGGCAGUCGGCUCCAAACCAGAAUCCUCUAGAACUGCACAAAAACCUGCAGAAGUGAAAGAUAUGCCUGGCCAGGAUGAAAAACAGCAUUCUUCCACUACCUCUUCUAGGCACCACUACAAGAAGUUCACAUUUGAUGAUGUAGAUGAUCCAUUGGCUGGGAUUUUAUCUGAUGAAGAAGAGGAACCAAAGAAAACUGCAAUGUCAGGACAGAAACCUGGCCACACGAACAUGGUUCUUCCAGCACACAAGAAAGAGGAGACAGUGCCCUCCACCCCAGCAUCUAUUCCUGUUGUGACCACUUCAGAGAAGAAAGAUGAAUUGUUCUUUGAUGAUGAAGGAGAUGAUCUUAUGGAUGCCCUUGGAUUUGGAAAUAGUCCAGAAACAUCAAAGCUAUCGAAGAAGGUGGAGGAUGAGACACUGCGCUCUGCUCAUUCAAAACUGGAUGAAUUGUUUGGGCUAGGUACAACCAAGAAGUUACUUGAGCGACCUACAACUGGUGAAAGGAAUGAAUUUAAACUUGAUCCGAAAUACAAUAAAAUACAAGAAAAGGAAGACUUCUUGGAUGAUUUUGCAUUUGGUUCCUACCAGCCCACCGUAGCAACAACCCCAGAGGAUCGUCAGUCCAGGCGCCAGUCAGUGAGAUUCAGUCCAGAGAGUCAUAGAAAAUCUAAUAUUGAUCCGAAAUCCAAAACAGCCACACCGACAUCAUUAACCCCAACAAAAUCACAUGGAAAUAAGGGAGCUGCUGACUGGCUUGGCCUUAAGGAUGAUGUUGUUCCUGAUUUGGAUAAUCAAAUUUCAACCGAAGAGAUGCAGAAAGAGUCAAGGUUCUACAAGGCAAAGUCUGAUUCAAAUCUUCCAGCCAGCCAGAAUCAAAGCAAGAGACCGUAUUCUGCAGGCCGUCCUCCAUCUGCACCAAGGCCAAGUGAGAAGGCACUGGUUAGAUCUGCACCAUCCAGUUCAAAAACACAGAUGGCUGAUGUAGUAGAGGGAGAUUGGUUGAAAGAGAUACUAUCUCAGAAGAAGUCUCAACUUUCCGAAUCUCAGCCCUUGACGUCGGCUGAUAAAGUUGAUGGCAUGGCAGCCACAUGUGAACAGAGUGGAUUACCAGGUGCAAGUGGGCCAUCGUCAGUCACUGCAGAAACAGAACCAAUACCUGAGAUUAAUCCUGCAGACUCUGGGUCCUCAUUUCCAAAGGAGAUUUCACAAAAGCAGGCUAAACCUCUAGUUUCGUCUGACAGCUUGAAAGAUUCCAUAACGAAAAGCACAGGGGUGGCCACAUCUGCACAAGAACAGAAGGAAGACAAAUUACCUGCCUUACAGAUAUCCAUGACUACUAAUCAAUUGCAGCAGUUACUUCAACUCCAGCCACUUCAAUCCAAGUCUGCGAGACAAGGUUCAAGUGUGGAUGAGCUGAAUGCUGUGGAACUGGAGAAUAAACGGACAACACUGCAAAAGAAUUUGAAGAGUACUGAUGCUGAGCAACAGACAGCCCUGCAGAUUGCAGAGAUCAAAGUCAUUGAGUUGGAGAGUAAGGUGAGAAAGCUGGAGCUGGAACGAGAACAACAAAGGAUUCUACUGGAGAGUCUGCAGCAGCAACAUAAGGAUGAUCUAGAGCUGAUCGAAGAUGCACACAGGAAUCGCUUGAAGGUAAUUGAGUCAUCAUACCAACAGCAGGUGGCUAGACUGCAAGAUGAGAAUGGGGAUCUCUCUGAGCAGCACGUGGCAUGGCAACAGUGCCAAGAUCGAGAGAGAUCAGAACAAGUCGCACGUUACCAGCGCAAGCUCAACGAGUUUGAGGAAGAGAAAGCCAAGGAGAAGGAGCGGCUCAGAGAACUACAACGACAGUCUGUUGCAGAAAUGCGAAGAGACCACGAAGAGCAGCUACAACACGUGAAACAACUGAAGGAACAGGAGAUCGAUGCUGUCACCAGUGCAUCCUCACAUACAAGAUCGCUCAAUACUGUCAUAGAGCAGAUGGAAUUCUUCUCUGGAAAGCUGAAUGAACUCUCCUAUAAAGUGGAAAGCGCACAUCAGAGCACAUCCCAUGAGAUGGAGAUCAAUGCACGGUUACGAGAUGAACAGCAGCGAGCUCAGCAGGAUAGACUGUUGCACCAGCAGAGAGACCUGGAGGAGGAGAGAGCACGCCUGCAGGAUGUAAUAACCAAAAUGGAGAUCAGGCUGAAUGAACAGACACGACUUCUUGAAAAGGAGCGUUGGAGGGCAACAUCGGAGCAAACUAAAGUGGAAUCGGUGCAGCGAUCUCUAGAGGAGGAGCGUCGACUCAUGAGCCAACACUUCAGCAUUGAGAGGGAGGAGCUGGAGAGGGCCAAGAGUGCUUUGCUGGGGGAGCAGCAGUCGGUGAUGCAGCGCUGUGCGGAGGAGCGUCGGAGACUGGCUGGCGAAUGGACAGAGUUUCACACACAACAGAAACUGAACAAUGGUCGGAUGGAGCGAGAUACGAACCGUUCCCUGCAGCUCAAUGCACAGCAAGAAGGAACAAUCUUCAGCCUGGCAAAAGAACAAGCUGAAAUUAAAGUAAAAGUUGUGGAACUGAAGUCAAAGGAAGAACAGCUAGCCCAGGAACGAGAGGUCCUAAAUCAAGAGCGUCAUGAAUUACAGCUGGAAAAGGAGAAAGUUAAUGCCAUGGCAAUCCGUAUCAAGCAGAGGGCUGAAGAGGUCGACAACAUGAGCAAGCUUGCCUCUCAGAAGUAUGAGGAAGGGGAACAAGCAUUCAUGGAUGCCAAACGGGUGGAGUCUGAGCACCAAGCACGACUGCAUGCUAUCCAUCUAAAAAUGGAGAGACUUCAACAGCAAGAGCAGCAGAUACACCAGGAACGCCUGAAUCUAGUCCAACAACGACAUCAUCCGCACACACCCGCUGUAAAAAUGCCUGUCAACACACUGGGGCCACCCAUUAGAAAUCAAAUGGUAUCCAUGGUAAACCACUCGUAUCUUCCUCCAGUGUGUAGCAAUGCUCAUCAGGGGACACCUUGGAAUUCUGGAUCAGUUCAAAAUAUUGAGAAACUUGUUGGAUCUGAGGCAUCGGACAUAAAUGCCAAACUUGCUAUUUUCAAACACGUUGCUGAAAAGGACCAUGACUUCCUUGAAGAUGAGCAGUUCUUCUUAGAGACACUGAAGAAAGCUCAGUAUAAAGUACUUCCCCAAACAGCAUGAGACUAGAUGUGAUGCUGUCCUUUAAUUCUUCACAUUUAUUUAUAAACCCCUUUGCGUGUGUGUGUACGUGUAAACAAUGUUUGAAUUGUAUAGCUUUUUAAUCUUUAUAAUUUUUUUACAUUUACAAUUUUUACAAAAUUAUGUCAGGUACAUCAAAAUAUCAUUUUGUGAAUGAAUUAUCUACCUGACCAUUCCAGUGGUAACAAGCUCGAACACAUCCGCUGGCUCGGAUGCAGCUCAAUCUUUGGCACAAAUUUAGACUGUUCUAUCAAAAUCAUGUCAAGUGAUUACAAAUGUAAUCUGCAUAACUUGGAUGUAGAUCACAUUAUCAGUAGCUGGCAGACUGAUCUGGCAGUGGUUUAGGCUACCAGAUUUGUAAAUGUACUUUUCCACUGGUUAUGAACCAAAACUCCAUCUCUUUAGACAAGCAGGACUUUAAGGAUGGUCCGAUUUAUUUUUAUGAACCAUACAAUUUUGUGUCACAAUAAAAAGAACUUGUCCACAGCCUG